CUCCGUUCUAGACAUUUGUAUCAUUCCUGUUGACGGCUGACGGGAAACGGCCCACCGUGACCGUAAUAACACAAACCCGACACCUCAAUACUAAAAAGGCUUUGCUUUUUCCUAUUGACCGAGUAUCGCCUCAAAAGCUUGAAACAAGAUGUUUUACACGUGUGGACCUAAUGAAGCUAUGGUGGUGUCCGGCUUUGGCCGUUCUCCUCCUCUAAUGAUUGCUGGAGGACGAGUGUUUGUCUUUCCGUGUAUUCAGCAGAUCCAGAGGAUCACUCUCAACACCCUGACUCUAAAUGUGAAGAGCGACAAAGUCUACACUCGCCAUGGUGUCCCCAUUUCCGUCACUGGUAUUGCACAGGUGAAAAUCCAGGGCCAGAACAAGGAGAUGUUGGCCACUGCCUGUCAGAUGUUCAUGGGCAAGUCUGAGGCUCAGAUAUCCCAUAUUGCACUGGAGACACUGGAGGGGCACCAGAGAGCCAUCAUCGCCCAUUUGACUGUGGAGGAGAUCUACCAGGACCGUAAGAAGUUCUCCGAGCAUGUCUUUAAGGUCGCCUCCUCUGACCUGGUUAACAUGGGGAUUGGUGUUGUCAGCUACACGCUCAAAGAUGUUCAUGAUGAUCAGGACUAUCUUAACUCACUGGGUAAAGCCAGAACGGCCCAGGUGCAGAAGGAUGCCAGGAUUGGAGAGGCUCAGUACAAACGAGAUGCUGUCAUCAGGGAGGCCCAAGCCAUGCAGGAGAAGGUUUCAGCUCAGUACAAGAACGAGAUUGAGAUGGCAAAAUCUCAGAGAGACUUCGAGCUAAAAAAGGCAGCCUACGAUGUUGAAGUCAACACCAAGAAAGCUGAGUCAGAGAUGGCCUAUCAGCUUCAGGUGGCCAAGACCAAGCAGCGCAUUGAAGAGGAGAAGAUGCAGGUUCAAGUGGUUGAGCGGGGACAGCAGAUUAUGCUGCAGGAGCAGGAGAUCACCCGCAAGGAGAAGGAGCUGGAAGCUAAAGUGAAGAAACCUGCAGAAGCAGAGAAAUACCGCCUGGAGAAGCUGGCUGAGGCGCAGCGUCUGCAGCUCAUCAUGGAGGCUGAGGCUGAGGCCGAGUCCAUCAGAAUGAAGGGCGAGGCAGAGGCAUUUGCCACGGAGGCUAAGGGCCGUGCUGAGGCAGAGCAGAUGAGUAAGAAGGCAGAGGCCUUCCAGCAGUACAAAGAUGGAGCCAUGGUGGACAUGCUGCUGGAGAAACUGCCACUGAUGGCAGAGGAGAUCAGCAGGCCAUUGUCGGCUGCCCAGAAGAUUACCAUGGUGUCUAGUGGCGGCUCAGAGGUUGGAGCGGCCAAGCUGGCUGGAGAAGUGCUUGAAAUCAUGACCAGGCUUCCCGCCGCUGUGGAGAAACUCACUGGGAUCGACAUCUCCCAGGUUUCAGGAAAACCCAUCCAUGCACGUUAAGAGAAAGAGAAGAAGUGUCACCAAUAUUCAGACGAGGAGCUCCACAUCUUCUCUUCGUGCCUGUAACCACUGUUGUUUCACUCUUCAACACUGUUCAUGCAUGUGUAUCCCUUGUGUGUCGUCCUCCUUCCUAUUCCAGGGAUGUGAGUUCUCCUCCUUUUACGUGGUUUCUAGUCAUGUCCCUGAUGAGUGCUGGUGUGCUGGCUGCUGUGGUUGAUAGCAGAAUCAGCUGUAAGGAUAUGAUUAUUAGCUAGUGAUAUACUUUGUGGGAAAUCCUGUCUUUGUCGCUUUAUACAUAACCUUCAAUAUGCAAGUUUUAUUUUCCUACCGCAACCAGCCUCAUUCUCCCUGCAUAGGGACUUGGUCAAAAAACUAUCGUUCACUUUAGAACUUUUUAAUGUAGAAAAUGUUUAUGGUUUCUUUCUGUGCCUUUCAAUUCAUAAAAUGCUGCUGAGAUCUCUCACCAAAGCAUCACCACAUAGUAUCUGCUAGUCCUUUAUAAAUAGACAAAGGGGGGUGAUGCUAGUUUAUUUCAUUGGUUAUAUUGUAGUCUCCAGUGCACUGCAGAUUAAGCCAAGCUUUUUGCAUCUCGUUACCGCCAAGUGCCUGGUUUAAGAUACUCCAGACUCCUCAACUGUUAAAGUAGACUUCUCAAGUUAAGCCUAUUGUUACUCUGUCAGGGAACAUUUCUUUAUAUCUAACCGACAUAAGCCAUGUUGUAGAUGAAAGCCAAAUCAGUCUCUACUCCUUUCGUAUUUUCUUGGGACUAAUCUUACACCUUUAUUAAUAAAACUGUGUUGAUGCAUAUCUAUCCUUUUUAAGUUGACAUAAGUAGUUAAGUAUGAAAGCUGUAUGCUACUGUUAAAUAUUCAAGAUGUACAUACAGUAACUAUAGUGAAAAGCUAAUGGAGACAAUAAAAAGAUGAUUUAAUUA